AUGACCGCGCACACGUUUACUGAGAGGGAUAGCGGGGUCCUUUUCGUUUAAUGCGUUGUUGAGUGUAGGUCGGUUGUUGGAAUCCGUUGUAAUCCGCAACAUAAAAUAUCUUAAAACAUUUUUAAGAUGACUGAAACUCUUCAGUUAAGGGGUACGCUCCGGGGACAUAAUGGUUGGGUUACCCAAAUUGCAACAAAUCCGAAAUAUCCGGAUAUGAUAUUGUCUUCUUCACGUGAUAAAACUUUGAUUGUAUGGAAGUUAACACGUGAUGAAGCCAAUUACGGUAUUCCACAGAAACGUUUGUAUGGUCACUCCCAUUUCAUUAGUGACGUAGUACUAUCAUCUGAUGGUAAUUAUGCACUGUCUGGUUCAUGGGACAAAACGCUACGCCUUUGGGAUUUGGCUGCAGGUCGUACUACACGAAGGUUCGAAGACCAUACCAAGGAUGUUUUAAGUGUUGCCUUCUCUGUGGACAAUCGUCAAAUUGUUUCUGGCUCUCGAGACAAGACUAUUAAAUUAUGGAACACAUUGGCAGAGUGCAAAUACACUAUUCAAGACGAUGGACACACAGAUUGGGUCAGUUGUGUACGGUUUUCUCCAAACCAUUCAAAUCCCAUUAUCGUUUCCGCUGGUUGGGAUAAACUAGUUAAGGUUUGGAACUUGACAAAUUGUAGAUUGAAGAUCAAUCACAGUGGACAUACUGGAUACCUUAAUACGGUUACUGUCUCUCCCGAUGGUUCACUUUGUGCUUCUGGAGGAAAGGAUUGCAAAGCUAUGUUAUGGGACUUAAAUGAUGGAAAACAUUUACACACCUUAGAUCAUAAUGACAUCAUAACAGCUCUGUGCUUCAGUCCUAAUCGUUAUUGGCUUUGCGCUGCAUUUGGACCAUGGAUUAAGAUAUGGGAUUUGGAAACUAAGGAAAUGGUUGAAGAAUUGAAGCCAGAAGUUGUGUCUACGACAACAAAAGCAGAACCACCUCAUUGUCUCUCUUUAGCAUGGUCUACCGAUGGACAAACAUUAUUUGCCGGAUAUUCUGACAAUACUAUACGUGUUUGGCAAGUUUCUGUAUCUAGCCGUUAAGGAGUUUAUACGAAAAUAAAACAAUAAAAAA